AUGGGCGCUGCAGUUCAGCCUAUGUCGAACUCGGCAAACGAUCUACAUGGACUUUGGUUCUCGAGGGUCGCUCGCACCGUCUCUCACGAGAUAGGCCAUUGUUUCUGCUUGGGACACUGCUCCUAUUAUGCUUGUGUUAUGCAGGGUACAACGAGUGUGGCAGAGGAUGUUAGACAACCUCCUUACUUGUGCCCUGUCUGCCUGGCAAAAAUCACACAUGCCAUGAUGGGCGUCUCACCCGAAACUGGUGAUAACGAGCAGGCAUACAUUGUGCAAAGAUAUCAGGCCUUGAUGGAGUUCUGCCAAAGCUGGCUGCAUGUGGGUGGAGAAGGGUCGAGAUUCUCUCCGCAGGGCGUAGUGCCUCUCCGCCCAUUUGUCUUGAUUGACGAACGAGCACUUAUUGGUGCCCGUGAGACGUAG